AGCAUUUAUAACAUUGUCUUUAACCGACAUGUGAGUUGGAGAGAUAGCAUUAAUGAGAAAUAAUUCUGAGAGAGCUAAUACUAGUGCAUUAUGAUGGUGGAUUCUAUAUAUAGAACCUGUUGGUGUAUAUUAAAAUUACUGAACUUUUGAAAGGAGAGAAGCUUCUAGUAUUGUGGAAUUUAAAGAGUUGAAGAUACUUGACAUGCUUUUGGUAUUUUUAGACAGAAAAAGUAGGUGGAAGCAGAGCAAGGAACAGAUCUUCAUAUUGUUGAAGAAAAAGAGCAUGAUGGAAUUUAUCGGAAGUAUGAAUAAUGAUGACGUGGAAAAUAACUACAACAGAGAAGUGCAACCUUCAAGGAAUGUGAUGGAAGAAAACACACUGGAAAGGUCAGAAGAACGACGGAGUGAUGAAGCUAAAGCACAUGGUUGGUGGUUGUUGCCAAUGAAAACAUACGAUUCAAUAAAAGAGAAGAAGGCUGAAUCAGAUUGGAGCGAAAUAGACGAUGAGACUAUAAAGCAAGAGAGGCCUAGAGGAAACACAGUGCUGCAUAUAGCAGCUCUCUAUGGAAAUGAUAAGUGUGUGGAAAAGGUACUUCAAAUUGCUCAACACCUUUUGCUAACAAUAAAUAGUAAUGGUGAUACAGCACUGCAUGUUGCUGCAAGAGCUGGAAACAUCGCUACUCUCAAGAAAUUGGUGAAUAACCAUCAGGUCCUUAUAAAAUGA